AUGUCCAAGAUCGACAAGCUGUCCAUCUCGGGAGUCCGCUCCUUCAGCCCGUCUGUCCGCGAAGCUAUACAAUUCUACUCGCCCCUCACCCUGAUUGUUGGCUACAACGGAUCCGGAAAGACGACCAUCAUCGAGUGUCUCAAGUAUGCCACUACCGGAGAGCUACCUCCCAACAGCAAGGGCGGUGCCUUCAUUCACGAUCCCAAGGCAUGUCUACCGCGAACACCACCAACAACGCUCCCACCCCAAUAUCUGCUCUGCGGAGAAAAAGAGGUCAUGGCCCAGGUCAAACUACAGUUCCAGUCCAUCAACGGCCGCCAGCACGUCGCCACCCGAAGCCUUCAGCUCACGGCCAAGAAGACGACCCGGUCGCAGAAGACGCUCGAUUGCUCGCUUGUCGUGGUCAACAAUGGCGAGCGCACCACCACGUCAACGCGGCAGGCCCAGCUCGACGAGAUGAUACCCGAACGCCUAGGUGUCUCGCCGGCCAUCCUUGACGCCGUCAUCUUCUGCCACCAGGACGAGUCGCUCUGGCCGCUGAGCGAGCCUGCCGCCCUCAAGAAGCGGUUCGACGAGAUAUUCGAGGCCCUCAAGUAUACCAAGGUCAUCGAGAACCUGAAAGUCCUCCGAAAGAAGCAGGUCGAGCAGCUUGGCAAGCUGCAGAACGACGAGGCCCACAACAAGAUCAACAAGGACCGAGGCGAGCGCGCCGAGAAGCGCAUGACCGGCCUCCAGGCCGAGAUCGAGGCUGCCCGUGAAAAGUGCGAGCGGCUGACGGCCGACAUGGAGGAGACGCAGGAUAGGAUUCGCGACAAGCAUGAGCAGGCCAACAGCUUCCUGCAGAUUGUCCAGAACCUGAGCAACAAGCGCGAGCAGCUCGAGUACCGCCAGGACGCCGUCGACGAGCUGCGCCAGACCAUUGAGGAGCUCCACGACGACGAAGCUUCGCUCGAAGCGUCGCUUGCCCAGUACGAGGAGAGGAUCCAGGGCUUCCAGCAGGAGGCCGAGCAGAACAAGGCCCAGUACAGCGAGCUCCAGAAGGAACUUGCCGAGGCGCAGAGGAAUCUCAACGCCAAGCUGGCUGAGCAGGGAAAGCACCAGUCCGACAAGGACAAGUACGACCGUCAGCUCAGCGCCCGCGUCGAGAUGGUGCACGGCAGCGCCCAAAAGUACAACUUCAGGGGCUUCGACGGCGACCUGUCCGACCAGCAGAUCCGGUCCUUCAACGAGCGCAUCCAGAAGCUACUCGACGAGAAGAAGCGCGAUCUCGAGCGCAUUCAAAAGGAGAACUCGGCCGAGCUCGACAGAGCCACCAGCGUCAUCACCCAGCUCGAGGGCCGCAAGGCUGCGAGGACCCAGGACCGCGUCAUGGCCAAGCAGCGCAUGGGAGCCAUCGACAAGAGGGCCAGUGUCCUGCAAAACGAGUCCAGCAAGAUCGAGGUCGACGAAGGUGCCAAGGCCCUCCUCGACGGUCAGCUUGAGGACCUCGGCGGUAGGCUGGUCAGGUUCCAGCACGAGUUUGACGACGCCAACUGGGACCGGCAUCUGUCAGAUGAGAACGAGAGGCUCCGAGGCCUCGAGGCGGAGAGCGACAAGCUGGGCCGCGAGCUCGUCGAAUCCACCCGCCUUGCGUCUGAGCGUGCGCAGCUCGACUACCGCAAGAAGGAGCUGGCCGACCGCAGGCGGAGGUUGGACACGCUCACCAGCACGUGGCGGACAAAGCUCUCCGCCGUCGUCGGUGAUGGCUGGGAGCCCGAAACCCUCGACGGCAAAUUCCAAGCCACUCUCCGGGAACAGACGCGUAAAGUCGACGAGGCUACCAAGCUCCGCGAGGCUGCGAGGGAGACGCUCCAGAAGGUCGACUACCGACUCAGGAAUGCCAAGGAGUCGGUGGACAGGAACGGGCGGGAGAGUGCCAGGUGCAAGCAGGAGGUUGUCGCUGCCCUCCAGAAGGUUCGCGAGAACGCCAUCAUCGAGGACUACAACGAAGAGAUGUCGUCCCUGGAGACGGCGGUCGAUGACCUCCGGAACGAGAUCAGUCUCUUUGGCGCUCUCGUUGACUACUACGAAAAGUGCAGGCGCGUCCUCAACACCAAGAAGACGUGCCUCCUGUGCGACCGCAAGUUCGAAGAGAGCCAGCGCGCGGCCAUUGACCGGCUGCAGAAGAAGAUUGAGAAGAACCUCGACCCCAACGGCAAGGCGGAGACGGAGGAGGACUUGAAGGAGGCCACCGCCAACCUUGAAGCGCUACGCGCGGUCCGCCCCAUGUUUGACACGUAUGAGAGGCUGUGCUCCGAGCUGCCGGCGCUCCAGAGAGAUCUGAAGUCUCUCGAGAGCGAGCACGAUGCACUGGAGAGGCAGCUGGAGGAGCAGGAGUCCGCCGUGUCGUCGGAGGUGGACAGGAAGAGGGACAUUGACGACCUGUCCAAGACAGUCCUGAACCUCGCGCAGAUCGUCAGGGAUAUCAAGGACUCGGAGGGCCAAGUGGAGCGCAUCCAGUCCCAGCAGGCGUCAGGGGGGGCCACCCGGAGCGCCGAGGAGAUCCACGAGCUGCAGGCCACGAUCAGCGAGCAGAUACGGGCGGUCAAGUCCAAGAUCACCAAGCUGUCGGCGGACAGGCAGCGCGCCAAGGACCAGAUCAGCACACUGGAGCUGGAGAGGAGCGAGCUGCGCAACCAGAUAAGCUCGGCCACGAGCCAGCUGGACAAGAAGCGGGACAUACAGGUCCAGAUCCAGUCGCUCAAGGACGACCUCGGACAGCAGCGCGAGACGAUCCAGCGCGCCGACGCCGACCUGGAGACCAUCGAGCCGGAGAUGGCCGAGGCGAAGUCGGCGCGGGACGAGACGCUCAGCCGCGGGCGGGAUCGAGAGCAGCGCGUGGCCAGCGAGCGCGACGAGAUUGCCAGCUCGGUGAGCGAGCUGCGCAUGGUGGAGGCGGACAUACAAGACUACGUGAACCGGGGCGGGGCGUCGAACCUGGCGUCGAACCAGCGGGCGAUCGCGGCGCUGGAGGCGUCGAUCGCCCGGGGCAAGGCGGACAUUGACGACCUGACGCGGCGGACCAACAAGCUGCGCGAGGAUAUGGACAGCGGGGAUAGCAAGAAGAAGAACAUACGCGACAACCUCAACUACCGGCGACACCUGCGGAUGCUAGACACGCUGCGGGCGGACAUUGCGUCGCUGGAGGAGCGUAACGCGCACGACGACUACGAGCGGCUGCAGUCGGAGGCGCGGUCGCUGGAGAACCGGUCGAACCGGCUCUUUGCCGAGCGCGGGUCGGUGAUGGGGACGAUGAAGACCAAGGACGAGGAGCUGGACCGGCUCCUGCAGGAGUGGGAGAUGGACUACAAGGACGCCAAGGCGCGGUACCGCGAGUCGCACAUCCGGGCGGAGACGACCAAGGCGGCCAUCGAGGACCUGGCGCAGUGCAGCGCCGCCGUCGACCGCGCCGUCAUGCAGUUCCACUCCAUGAAGAUGGCCGAGGUGAACCGCAUAGCCGGCGAGCUCUGGCAGACGACGUACCAGGGCACCGACAUCGACACCAUCCUCAUCCGAUCCGACAACAGCAGCGAGACGCCGUCGUCUGGCUCCUCUGCCUCCGCCACCGCAGGCGCGGCCGGCGCCCGCCGCAACUACAACUACCGUCUGUGCAUGGUCAAGCAGGACACGGAGAUGGACAUGAGGGGCCGAUGCUCGGCGGGCCAGAAGGUGCUGGCCAGCAUCAUCGUCCGCCUCGCCCUGGCCGAGUCGUUCGGCGUCAACUGCGGGCUCGUCGCCCUCGACGAACCCACAACCAACCUGGACAGGGACAACAUCAAGUCCCUGGCCGAGAGCCUGCACGCCAUCAUCCGCGCCAGGCAGGCCCAGUCCAACUUCCAGCUCAUCGUAAUCACGCACGACGAGGAGUUUCUGCGGCACAUGCGCUGCAGCGAUUUCUGCGAUAGCUUCUUCAGGGUCAGGAGGGAUGAGAGGCAGAACAGUGUCAUUUCCAGGGAGAGUAUCACCAAGAUUUUUUAG